CCACUUUUCGGGGUUCCCUUUCAUUUUGCGGCCACACCACUUGCAGACAAACAGUCCUCUGAGUGCACGCACACACACGCGCACACACACACAUACACACGGUCCCUCACACACACGCGCCUCGCAGGAAGUACAGGCGAGAGGAAAUGACUCGUGAGGCCUCGUUCUGCCGGCCGAGCGCUGCCCUCCCCCUUCUGCUCACACACCGGUCCAGUGCCUGCUGCCAUGAGGGUCCAGGUCUCCAUAUUGUUGUUGUUCCUGGGCCUGGUCCCAGCCCUGGUUCCGACUCAGCAAGAUAACUCCCCGAAGGGCGGCACAGCGACGACUUUGCCGGCUGAGCAGCGGGCAACCGUCAGCCCGAGGCCCGAAGUGGGGCAGGACUCUGAAGUCAUGACCCCAUCUGACCCCAACUUGGAUUUGACAGGAGACCAAGAUGCAGAGGGGGAGACCACGUCUAGCGCAGGGAGUGGGCAUCAUGUGGAAGACAGGGUGACCAAAGCCCCCACAGGAUCUGGAGGCUCCAGUUCCAGCAGCACGAGCACAAGUGCUUCAGGCUCCAAGAGGCCUGUCACCCACAGAGAGCCCGGGAGCUCGGCCAGAUUAGGAGCCGGCCAAAGCCAGGAAGAAAUCUUCACUUACGAUUACUACUCCCUGCGCAAGUGGGGCCUGAUAGCCGCCGCCAUCCUCUUCGUCCUGGGCAUCCUCAUCCUCACCUGUGGUAAAUAUGGGAAAUUCUCCGGAUGUGGGGGCCGGAAGCAGAGGAGCGCCUAUGAUAUCUCCCGACUCUGAGGCACCCCCUGCUGGGGGAUCCCUGUGGGGCCGGACACUGCUUGGAGGGGCCGGCUCGGAGCCCCACAGCGAUGCUGCGUGCUGGUGGGGGGGCUGGGGCAGAACCAGCAGCACAGACCCCAGGGCUGCCAAGUGCCCCCUGCUCCCCACUCUGUGAUCCGCCUGUCAGCAGCACCCCGGCCCGGCCCCUCUAGCCCCCACCGACCCCUCUCCUUUCCCCCAUCUCCGUCCCCUCCCCCGCCCAGCCUGAUCCCCCACCGUCCUCUCUCCACUCCCUUCCAGGAUUGUCCCCCCAUACCUGUCCCCUCCCCUUCCUGGCCUGGAUUCCCCAUCCUUGUCCCCCAUUCAGGCCUUAUUCCCCCCCCAUCCAAGUCCCCAGCCUGUGCCUGGCCUGCCCCCCCCCCCUCCGAGCUCCGGUUGCCCCGUGUUGUAUUUUGAUGACAUUAAAUGACUCCCCCUGGGGAAGCAAA